ACUAACACUUUAACUUUUUAAAAAUCAACGAGAAGAUAAGAUUCACACUCGUUGACAAGUAAAAAAGAAAAAACACACCCAAUUACAAAGAAGAGGACAAAAGAGUAAUUUCACAAAUUUGUGAUAGAAACAGUCUCGUCUCCGGCGACGAUGAAAUGGUUGCUCGUCGCCGUGUUGACCGCUUUAUCAACGAUCUUUUCCUCCGCCGUAACACAGUCUCAUCUCCUCCGUGGAUCUCCGGUCAAUUCUCUAUGCGCUGAUCUCAUUCAUCCUGCUAAUUACUCCUGCACCGAACACACUAUUGAAACAAAGGAUGGUUACAUAUUAGCACUUCAACGUGUGGCAUCUCAUGGCCCAAGACUUGAAUAUGGUCCACCUGUUCUGCUUCAGCAUGGACUCUUUAUGGCUGGAGAUGCGUGGUUCUUGAAUUCACCAAAAGAGUCACUAAGUUUCAUUCUUGCUGAUCAUGGGUUUGAUGUAUGGGUUGGUAAUGUUCGUGGUACACGUUACAGUUAUGGACAUGUAACUUUAUCUGAAAGUGAUAAGGAAUUUUGGGACUGGAGUUGGCAAGAUUUGGCCAUGUAUGACUUGGCAGCAAUGAUUCAGUAUCUGUAUUCAGUCUCAAACUCCCAAAUCUUCCUUGUUGGACAUUCUCAGGGGACUCUCAUGUCUUUUGCUGCUCUUACUCAGCCGCAUGUCGCAGAAAUGGUUGAAGCAGCAGCGUUGCUUUGUCCAAUAUCAUAUUUGGAUCAUGUCACAGCUCCACUUGUUGAAAGAAUGGUUUUUAUGCAUCUUGAUCAGAUGGUAGUUGCUCUUGGGCUGCAUCAAAUAAACUUUAGAAGUGAUAUGUUAGUUAAACUUGUUGACUCGUUAUGUGAAGGGCAUAUGGAUUGCACUGACUUCCUCACAUCCAUAACAGGGACGAAUUGUUGUUUCAAUGCCUCGAAGAUAGAAUACUAUCUAGAUUAUGAGCCUCACCCAUCAUCUGUCAAGAAUAUUCGACACCUUUUCCAAAUGAUUCGGAAGGGGACUUUUGCACAAUACGACUACGGGUAUUUCAAAAAUCUCCGGACUUAUGGGAUGUCGAAACCUCCAGAAUUUAAACUCAGCCUCAUCCCGGGAUCAUUACCAAUGUGGAUGGGGUAUGGUGGAACUGAUGGUUUAGCAGAUGUGACAGAUGUGGAACAUACUCUCGCCGAACUACCUUCCCGACCAGAGUUGCUAUAUCUUGAGAAUUAUGGUCACAUUGACUUUGUGCUCGGCGCAAGUGCUAAUGAAGAUGUCUAUAAGCACAUGAUUCAAUUUUUCAGGGCAAGGAAAAUGUCUACUAGUUGGUAAAAUACUCAAUACACUGUUCUGCCUUGCACGUAAUUAUUUUCUGCAACUAUAUUCACACAUCUUAUUGUAAAUAUCUCCUUACUAAAGUUGCUGUUUGAAGAGCUACUUUACACCAAUCUAGAUAUGAACUGAUAGAAUAGUGACUAAAGUGAAAUAUAUUGGACGUCAAUGAGAAAUUACCACACAUUUAAUUA